GCGUGGCGCGUGCCUUCUCUCACCUGCUCGACUGCACUCAGGUACUGAUCCUGCACCUGUUAUCAUUGGUUAGAUGUUAGUCUGGUUGAGAAUCUCAAUGGAAACUCACCAAUUACGAAGAGGGGGAGUGGUUAACAGAAGCAUCGCAGGAUAAUUAGCCCGAGGCUUGAUGGCCAGGUGAGUGGGUAGGCCAGGCUGAAAGUAUCCUCCCAUCUGUUUGAGUUUGUAUAUAAGAAGAGACAAUGAUCAUGAACACAGAUUAAAUGUUGACUUAUACCGAAUUGGUUAAUAUUUAGCAAUCUAAAAAGCACGCUCCAAGAAAGAAGAUACAUCAUGGCUGAUGUUUAUGAUGUGUGGCAAGAUAUCGAACAUGUAUUGCUUCGAGAAAUGAAUGCUAGUUGCGAAUCGAAACCUUCAGCAGAUCUGCCAUCCAUCGAAGAGCUUAUAUAUCCUAAAAGCUCCAACCAGAUAUCAUAUAUACAUUCUCAACCGGUAUAUCAACCACAGAUAACAGAAGAUUUCUAUCCUUUUAUUAAUAUGGAAACAGAACAAAAAUGUAUGGAAUGGCUUCAGAAUACGCAAUGUGUUGAAAACACAUUUGUUGAUUGGAAUACUACUCAACAAAUGAUGGAUUUAACAAAUAUUGAAAAUUCAUAUUGCCAAACUCAAAUUUAUCCGCAAUUUAAUCGGAUUAUGCCAACUAUGCAAACAGGUUUGAGCCUUAAUGCACCCCAAGCUCAAAUCUGUUAUCCUCAAGCUCUAGGAAUACCAUUAAAGGGUAGAAGAGGUAGAAGACCACGAGGACCUAGAAAAGUAACUAUACACACGUGCACUCAUCCUGGCUGCUCGAAAACUUAUACUAAGAGCUCUCAUCUAAAGGCACACUUGAGGACCCACACGGGUGAGAAGCCUUAUCAAUGUACGUGGAAAGGUUGUGGAUGGAAAUUUGCAAGAUCGGAUGAGUUAACUCGACAUUUCAGAAAACACACGGGUGAUAGACCGUUUCAAUGUCGUAUGUGUGAGAGAGCCUUCUCUAGAUCGGAUCAUCUAUCUUUGCACAUGAAAAGACACAUUGAUCUUAUGUAAAAUAUCUCGAAAAAUAUUUUAAAUUGUUUUUAUGUUGAUCACUAGGAGCCAUUUUAAAUGUGAAAAUAUUGGCAUUGGACGUGCGUUCCUAAUUACUUAAUUAGAUUUCAUAUUAUUGCAGUUAGAUACCAUACAAGAUCGUGUGUGCAUUUUAAAUUUCUAUGCAAAAUGAACGGACAAUAUUACAGCAUUUAUAGCUAUUAUUUAUAUAUCUUAAUUAUGUUUAAUUCAAAAAUAUUCUAAUUUAAUACUUUAAGCAAAAAAAAAUGUUAAACGUUUUCAGUCAAAAACAAAACAUAUUUUAAGAAACGUGAACAAUUUUAAAAGCAGGUGUUUUUCAAAAUUUUAAAAAUUUAAAUUCUGACCAAUUAACUUAAACGUAUUAAUAUCACGUGACGCAUCGAUUUUAAAGUAUUGGUUAAAUUUGAAUUGACGUCAUAAUAACAAAAAAGAACGUGAUGGAAUGUCUUAUUCGUAUCGACCAAUAAGAGAUUGAGGUUAAGGUUAUUUGUGGACCGUUUUUAAAAGUUGAAAAAUCAUUAAUUAUUUUUCGAGGGCCGUUCGCAGUCCUUUCAAGGGAUGAUCUAGAUUAGUUUUUUUUUGUGUGAAAAAUUAUUAAUGACGCUAAGAGUAUUGAAAUAAAAGUCUUGUAAAGUUAAGCAACAAAAAAGAUAAUUUAAAUAUAAACCGUCUGUUUAUUGGUGAACUAAGUUAUACGUCAUCAGUUUAAAAUGUUUAAAAAGUAAGACGAAAACUUAUAAUAAAUUUGCUGUAAAUUUUAUUUUUUUGUAUUAAG